AACACCGUGGUAUCACGUUACCUCGUACAAGACAAGCUGCAACGACCACACACCUCCUUCUGUCCAGACACGCAAACGCCAUGGCGGCCGACGCAGAGGCGUUCACCGAGCUGCCCAUCCUGCCGCUCUCCCAGGCCCUGAGUCCAAGUACCAAACCUCAAUUUCUUGCGGACCUGCGGUCUGCGCUGCUUAAUGUGGGGUUCUUGUAUCUGAGCGAGACAGGGCUGCCCGAGCAGUUGGUCGCGGACGUGAUUAAGGAGUGCAAGGGCUUCUUUGAGAAUCUACCCCAGGAGGAGAAGGAGAGGAUUGAGAUGAAGAAUAAGAAGAGUUUCUUGGGAUGGAGUCGACUCGACAACGAGACUACAGCACUCAAUACAGAUCACCGCGAACAACUUGAUCUGUCGACGCCGCAUCCAGUUCCAAGACCAGAGGCGCCCCUGUACCACAAUCUUCUUGCACCAAAUCAAUGGCCAUCAUCACAGCACCUCCCAGCUUUUCGACCUGCGUACGAGGAGUACAUGCGCCGCAUGUCUGACAUAUCCACUCUCUUCACGUCAUUGAUUGCCGAGGCGAUAGGUCUCCCCGCUGAUGCAUUCAUGCAAUUUUUCGACGAAGGUCAGCAACACAAGCUGAAAAUCGUCAAGUACCCCGAAGUCGACGUGCCAGAUCUGCCAGCUGGAGCAAGUGAGAUCGACAGGAAGAAGUGGGAGAUCAAGCGGCAGGGUGUUGGUCCACACAAGGACAGCAUGCUCACCAGCUACCUGCUGCAAGCGAGCAAACAACCAGGUCUGCAGGCACAAAACGCUAAAGGGCAGUGGAUCGACUGCAAGCCCAUAGACGGGACACUCGUAGUUGCGAUCGGGCAGGGAAUGGAGGCUCUAACGAACGGCGUCUGCGCGUCAACGACACAUCGCGUGCUCAGUCCACGGAAGGGUGAAGGCGCGCGAUACUCUGUUCCGUUCUUUCAGGGCGUGAGCUACGAUGCAGAAUUUGAAGCCAUGGAUGUCCCAGAGUCCGUUCUUAAGCUGCGCGACGAAGCACGCAAUGACAGGAAGGAUGACGUCGAGUUCACCUUUGUCAAGGGCAAGUGGGGACACUUAGGAGAGGCCACGCUGAUGAACAGAGUGAAGAGUCACCCGGAUGUAGGAGAAAGAUGGUAUCCAGAGCUGCUUCGGCAGAUCAGAGCACAGCAAGCGGCAGCGACAGCAGCGUAGACGCAAUUGCCGAUGAGCGUCGGACAAUGAUAAAAAACUUUGUCGCACUUCUUCGCCGGUCUUGAAAUGCCAAACAUGAGACUAUCGAUU